GAAACCGGACGCAGCUGCUGUGAGCAGGAAAACUUUGUCUCUUUCCUCCUCCACAAACACUCAGAGGUGGAACUUUUCCGUUUUCUAAAUUCAGGUCUGAGUGAAGUGCAGCGCUGGAAGCAUGGCAGCCAUCAAGGCUUUGGAGCAGUGGUGUAAAAUGCAGUGUGAUGGAUACAGAGAUGUUGCCAUUACCAACAUGACUACUUCUUUCAGGAGUGGACUGGCAUUUUGUGCUCUUAUCCACAAAUACAGACCGGAUCUCAUAGACUAUGACUCGCUCAAAAAAGAGGAUGUGUUUGAGAACAAUAGACUGGCCUUUCAAGUUGCAGAAGAAAAGUUGGGCAUUCCAGCUUUGCUGGAUGCUGAAGACAUGGUGGCAUUAAGGAUCCCUGACAGGCUGAGCAUUUUAACUUAUGUGUCCCAGUACUACAACUACUUCAAAGGACGGCCACCAAUGGGAGGAGUGAAAAGACCAGCAGAGGGCUCCAAAGAAGAGCCAUCUGAAAAGAAAAAUCAGCCAGUAGUGGCCAAAAUCUUGGAGUCUAAAUCUGGCAUUGAGAAUCGUUUACCUUCCACUAUCACUGCUUGUAAAUCACCGAUGUCAGAUAAAGUUGGUGCUCAGAGAGUGGUUUUGGCUGAUGGUGCAAACAAAACUGGAACUCUGAACAGCAAAUGUGUUGCAUGUAGGAGCCAUGUCCAUUUGGUUCAGAGGCACUUUGUGGAGGGCAAACUCUACCACAGAGCCUGUUUCAAGUGCUGCGAGUGCUCUUCUGUACUUCAUACUGGAAGUUACAAGCCUGGGAAGGAUCCAGGCACUUUUGUCUGUAACACCCAUCAGAACAGCCACAAAACUUGCACCUUGAAUGCAGAGGUCAAAACUGGAUUUUCUAAUUCAGCUGUCUCAUCAAACUGUGCAGCAAAGACUCUACUAGCACCACCAACUGUAUCCUCCGUGCUAUCAGCCCCAAUUAAUGUUGGACCAAAGUCCUCAAGUCCUGUUCAGCAUUCCCAAACCUGGACGGCCUCUGCCCAGAAGACCCAGACAGCUCGGCAAAAGUUUUUCCAGACUGUACAAGUUACUCAACCUUCAACUGUAAAUGGGAAGCCCAUUGCGUCCUCAGGUGAUCCAAAUGUCCAUCUAAGUUCUUCUGAUGCAAACAGAGUUGGGCAGGUUAUCGGAAAGAAACUGGGAGGGGAAAACUCCAACAAUAACAACAAGAACCUUUUUACUAUCAGAUCUGCAGAAAGCCGAUUUUGCACUGACCCAUUUUUAAAAGACUUUGUUGGUUUGAGGAAGAAUAAAAGCAGCCAAGACCCAGCAGGAAACUGGGAAGGACGAGUUGGUACCAGCCAAACAAACAAUGAGGAAUCACCAUGUCUUAAGACUAUCAACAAGGAUAAUACCAGGCCAACAGCGGUACACAAAACAGCCAAAGGUCCCAUCUACCAGGAGUGGCAAGCGAAGCUUAAAUCUGUGAACACCGAGCAAGGGCUAAAAGCUUGUGAACCUGAAGCCGUUACCAAUCAGCCUUCACCUUGUAGGACACCCAGGACUUCCUUUAAUCUCUCAAUUAGUGCAACAACGCCUCCCCCAGCUCAAACAGCUGCUGUAACUGCAGUUGGCUUUGGUUUGUCUGAGCCCAUGUUUAUUAAGGAAGCCAAUCCACUGAAACCCGUCCUUGGCUCUAAAAGCCUUGGCUUAAAACAUGGUAGCUGCUCACCUGUGAAAUUCCCACUCAGACCUCCAGCUGUGUCCCCGGUCCCCAUUAAUUCAACGGCUGCUUUAGACUGUCUGGAAAAUCCCUCAGCUGCUAAAAAGGGAAAGUAUUUGUCACCCACCGCCGCCUUCAGGACUGAAAUGAGGUCACCCUCUCGGCUGUGUCGUCAUAUUCCAGUGGAGCAGAUUGAGAAGGAGCUGGUUGAUAUUGAGUUGAACCUGGUUCAACUGGAGAAAGAGGGUGUUGAGCUGGAAAAGCAACUCCGCAAUUAUGAGGAAGAGGGAGAAGGGGACAUAUUGAUGGAUCCACUGAUGGUUGACUGGUUUAACCUCAUUCGCAAAAAGCAGAUGUACAUAAGGAAGGAAUCAGAGCUUGUUUACCUUGCAAGAACUCAGGAGCUCGAGCAACAGCAGCCAGGAGUGGAAGAAGAGCUUCGCAGGCUUCUUGAAAAGCCAGAUAAUUUAAAGUCCAAAGAAGAGUUACACAGGGAGAAGAAACUGCUACAGCAACUGAUGGAGAUCGUUGACUGCAGAAACACAAUUGUGCAGGUGCUUGAUGAAGACCGACUCAGGGAAGUGGAAGAAGACAACCAACUGAAUAAGAUGAUGCAAGAUCUUGGAGUGAAGAAAACCAGAAGUAAGAGGAAAUCUUUCUCAAGAAUGUUCAAGCGAAGAAGUAAAAGGCCUGUUAAGUGAUUGGAAUGUGUGAAAAUGAUUAGUCUUUUACAUUUAUUUAAAUCAAUGUCUUUGCUGUUUAUGAAAAUUCACCCAAGUUAAAAGAAGAAAAGUUUGAUUAUGUUCAUUGUUGGGAUUAAUUCACAUUGUUACUCAGGGUGGUUUGCAUUUUUGUUUUUCAGUGUUCUAAUUGUUUUUCCUCAAGACUCAAAGCCUGAGAGUUUAAUUAUUGCUGUUUUUAAAAAAGGUUCUACUUGGAAAUUGAUUUUUUUUUAUCAUCAGCAAUUUUUCAUUUAUUUGGGCAAAUAUGAUUUAUUUCUGUUUCUAACAUUUAUCUGAGGAGAAAGUAUGCAUGAUCCAAUUUCUGUAGGAUUCUUCAAAAGUCUUGAUCCACAAUUGAAUAUUUAAGUAUUUAAUAAUUGAUUUUAACAAAUUUACUCAAAGGAUAUUAAAGGUCUUCAUUAACUUUGAAUGUGUGUGGUGCCACACAUGUUGAGCUGCUCCAGGCUGCAGCUCCUCUCCUGCUGUACUGUAGGUGGCAGCCUGGGUAUGCAGUAUCACUAGGCAGGAACUUGGGGAAAUCCAAUUUGCCACAGUACAGACAGUUAAUUUCUUUGCUAAUUUUAUAAAUGCUGCAAAAAAAAUGUUCAGCUGAUGCAAUAACGUUAUGUGAAAGAGGAUUAGGCAGAGCUGUAGCUCAUGGCUGAGGAAAGGCUUACAAACUAUAGGUUGUAUUAAGCAUUUUAUCUCAAAAGCAGGUUUAAUUAAACAUUACUCUGCUGAUAUCUGCAUCAGAAUAGCUCCAUACCUGAGCUAUUAAAAUGUUCAAAGGAUAUGUGGAGUUGCUCAUCUGUAAAAAUGUCUCUUUACUGUUUUUAUAAUUUUAAAU